AUGAAGCCCCUUUUCUUUUUCGCGACCGCCGCCGCGGCCGCUGGCCCGUACCUGGCCUGGACCGCCGAAUCCUUCACCAAGCACGAGAUCGACGACAAGAAGCCCUUCCACUACACCAAGGCUGUCCUUUACGACGGCUUCGAGGCUGCCAUCGAGCUCACCAAGGACGAGGCCCUCGUCGACUGGUACCGCGGUCGCAUCGACGAGCGCGUCGUCCUCGCCAACGGCAGCAUCCCCAAAUGGCAGCCCACCAAGUACUCCCUGGACGAGUACCGCAUCGGCAACAACAUCCUCUGGUGGUACGAGCGUACCGGCGAGGAGAAGUAUAGGACGGCCGCCAAGACCAUCCGCGAUCAACUGGACCGUCACCCUCGCACACUGGAGGGCGGCUUCUUCCACCGUAGCCCUAACUACGAUCAUCAGAUGUGGCUCGACGGCAUCUUCAUGGCUAACACCUUCUACGCCAAGUGGACUUCUCUCUUCGACGCCAAGAACACCACCGCCUGGGACGACAUUGUCAACCAGUUCGACGUUAUUGACGCCCACACCCGCAACCGCACCACCAACCUGCUCUACCACGGCUUCGACGAGUCGAAGCAGGCCGUCUGGGCCAACCAGGUCACCGGCGCCUCCCCCCUCACCUGGUCCCGCGCCGUCGGCUGGUAUUCCGUCGCCCUUCUCGAGGUCAUCCAGCUGCUGCCCCGCGGUCACCCCGGCGUUGUCAAGCUGUCCAAGUACUUCACCACCCUCGCCAAGGGCCUGAAGAACGCCCAGGCCCGGACCGGCGGCUGGUGGAUCGUCAUGGACCCCCCCUACGUCGGCCGCCCCGGCAACUACAUCGAGUCCUCCGCCUCCGCCCUCUUCGUCUUCUCCUGGCUCAAGGGCAUCAAGCUCGGCCUGCUGCCCGCGCGCAAGUACUUUCCUGCCGCCGCCAAGGGCUACAAGAAGUUGACCACCUUUGUCAUCGAGAACGCCAACGGCACCGUCAACUGGAACGGCACCGUCGAGGUCGGCUCGCUCAACAGCGACGCCAGCUUCGAGUACUACACCUCCGUCCCCAUCGCCAUGAACGACCUCAAGGGCGUCGGCCCCUGGAUGUUCGCCUCGUACGAGUGGGAAACCUUCAACCAUACUAAGCGUGCCGGCCGCACCCGUAGGCCCCGCAGCGACAACCGCCGCUACCGCUUUUAG